AGUCGGAAGGUGCUAUCACUUGACACAGCGAAGCAGGAGUGGUAGUUGAAGUAGGAAGAAAUAAUUCAGAGAAGAAUCAUUUUCUCAAAAACAAAACCAUUCAGCCAGAAAUCUAAAGAGUGAGAAAGAAUCAGGGAAAAUGUUUCGAGUACUGAAACUUAGAAGAUCCACUAAAACUUUACUUGAAUACAACAACACCACUAAUUCAACUUCAUCACUCCAAUCCAUCACAACCCAAACUUCUUCUUCUUCUUUUAGUCCAAACCCUAACACUAAUUUUCUACGUGCUUUCUGUACAGCUCCUUCAUCUUCUACAUCUGCUAAAGAUAAGGAAAUCAGAAAAUACAUAGGUUAUGGAGCACUUAUGAUCGGUUGUGGAGUUGCUACUUACUAUUCCUUCCCAUUUCCUGAAGAUGCAAAACAUAAGAAAGCUCAACCAUUUCGUUAUGCUCCAUUACCUGAUGAUCUUCAUACUGUUUCCAAUUGGAGUGGUACUCAUGAAGUUCAAACUAGGGUUUUCUUACAACCAGAGAGUCUGGAAGAAUUGGAAAAGAUUGUCAAAGAAUCAAAUGAUAAAGGACAGAAGAUUAGACCUGUUGGAUCAGGGUUGUCCCCUAAUGGAAUUGGUUUAUUGAGAGCUGGAAUGGUGAAUUUAGCACUCAUGGAUAAGGUUCUCGAGGUUGAUAAACAAAAGAAAACUGUUAGAGUUCAAGCAGGUAUUAGGGUUCAGCAACUUGUUGAUGGAAUUAAGGAGCAUGGGCUUACUUUGCAGAAUUUCGCAUCGAUAAGGGAGCAGCAAAUCGGCGGGAUCGUGCAGGUUGGUGCUCAUGGUACUGGUGCGAAAUUGCCUCCCAUUGAUGAGCAAGUCAUUAGCAUGAAACUAGUUACUCCUGCAAAGGGAACAAUUGAGAUUUCAAAGGAGAAGGAUCCCGAGUUGUUUUAUCUAGCUCGCUGUGGUCUUGGUGGUCUUGGAGUGGUUGCCGAGGUCACACUGCAGUGUGUUGAUAGACAGGAACUCGUGGAGCACACAUUCGUUUCCAACAUGACAGAGAUCAAGAAAAACCACAAGAAAUGGCUUACGGAUAAUAAGCAUCUAAAGUACUUGUGGAUCCCAUAUUCAGAGACAGUUGUGGUUGUUACUUGCAAUCCUGUUUCAAAGUGGCGAGGUCCACCUAAGUUUAAACCUAAGUAUGGGAAGGAUGAAGCACUGCAGCAUGUGCGUGACCUUUAUUUGGAGUUAGGGAAGAAGUACAGGAUCGGAGAAACUGCUGCUAAAUCAUCAGAAGGCGAGGAGCCAGACAUAAAUGAGCUCUCAUUCACAGAGCUGAGAGACAAGCUUCUUGCCCUUGAUCCACUUGACACGGAUCAUGUCAUAAAGGUUAAUCAAGCAGAGGCAGAGUUCUGGAGAAAGUCAGAGGGAUACCGAGUGGGAUGGAGUGAUGAAAUUUUGGGUUUUGAUUGUGGUGGUCAGCAGUGGGUCUCAGAGAACUGCUUCCCUGCUGGAAGCUUAGCGAAACCAAGCAUGAAAGACCUAGAAUUCAUGGAAGAGCUACAGAAGCUCGUGGAGAGCAAAGGGAUACCAGCACCUGCUCCCAUAGAGCAAAGGUGGACUGCUCGUAGCAAGAGCCUCAUGAGUCCAGCUUCUAGCUCAGUUGAAGAUGACAUAUUCUCCUGGGUCGGUAUUAUCAUGUACCUUCCAACAUCAGAUGCACGUCAAAGGAAGGAGAUCACAGAAGAGUUUCUCAACUACAAGCAUUUGACACAGAAACAAUUGUGGGAUAAAUAUUCUGCCUACGAACAUUGGGCUAAGAUUGAGGUUCCAAAAGACAUGGACGAACUUGUGACAGUCCAAGAAAGGUUGAGAAAGCGAUAUCCUGUAGAUGCAUACAAUAAAGCAAGAAGGGAAUUGGACCCAAACAAGAUCCUUUCCAAUGCAAUGUUGGAGAAGCUGUUUCCAUUAUCAUGAUGAGAAACCGUGUAUACCUCCUUUUCUGCGAAUGGGCAAGUAUAUUCCUUAUUCUUUGUGGUUCCAAAGUGAAAAAAACUUGACUGUUAUUCAAUUGAAUCGAGCUUUGAAAAACUGGUUCAGAAACAAAACAAAUCAGUCUGAGAAUGUGAUAAAGUGCUGCAGAAUGCAGAAAUGUUUGUUGAGAUUCAAGGAUAACAAAGAAAGGUCUGUAUUUUAUUUAUUUUUGAGAAAACAAAAAUGUAUUAUCUGAAUUCUGAUAUACACAGGUCCCUUUUGACUUA